AUGGGGUCAGCUUCUGCCUACCCCUCUCUAGAAUGGGAUGACAGCAUAAGGCUGUUCGAGUUAUCGAGAUCCGACCUACCAGGUGGACGGCUGUACGGCCGUCUAACAUCCGUUCGAUUAUCCAAUUGUCCAGAAUACUGUGCUAUUUCAUACGUGUGGAAAGAGCCACGUACAAAGCACGUUGUUCUGUCCAAGGACUGCACCAUCGAUGUUCCGGAUUCGCUUUUCGAUGGUCUCUCGGAGAUCCUGCGAGAAAGAGAAGUAAAGCUGAUUUGGGCAGACCAGGUGUGCAUCAGACAAGCCGAUGACCAUGAAAAAGAAUCGCAAGUGGUUCUUAUGGCGCAAAUCUAUGGUCACGCCCAUCUGGUUAUUGCCUGGCUUGGAAAGCCAGCAGAGGACACCAGGCUGGCCUUCCGAUUACUUGAGUUCUUUGCGGCUCUGCCAAGUGAGACUCGUGGCGUCGUCGAAGGAUCGGAAGCUCAGCGUCCUCUUCUUAUACUCGAGGAACUCGCUCAAGAGCUAUGUUUGGAUGAUCGAGUUCAAGUUUUCGCCGAUCCCACUAACGCAGCCUGGCGAGGUGUUUUCGCCUUGGUCAAACGACCAUGGUUUACCAGAUUCUGGGUGGUCCAAGAGGUUGCUUUGUCUUCCAAUCUCAGUAUCCGAUGCGGGAAAUUCGAGAUCUCUGGAGACCCCUUCUGCCGCGUCUUGCGACUCAUCAGUAUGAUCGCGUUGUUUCCUCCUCCAGUGGAUCUGAUGAACGAUUUCAACCUUGGGCUUCAGCUGACCAACUUGAGAGGUUCAAUUAUGGUGGGGAAAUCCCAGAGCUUCCUUCACCUAGCACACAGGUUUAGUCACUGGAAUUGUACAGACGAUCGAGACAGACUCAAUGCACUUGUCAGCGUGGCUUUUAAGGGGAAUCCUUCGCCGUGGUUUUCUCCCAAUUAUCGCACCGAUGUAGGCGGAGUCUACCAAAUUUUUGCCGAGUCAUACAUUUCUGCCACUGGGAACUUGGACAUCCUGCAUUUCGCGGGCGACAGCAGGCCUGUCGUUCUCCCCACUGCUGGUGGACUUCAAAUCUAUAAUGUUCCGUACAUGAACGACGAAUCGAACGUGGCCGCCACGUGGAGCCCGGAUUGGAGGAUAAAAACAAGGCCGCUACCGUUUCUCUCGGAGAAUUCUGUCAACGAUGGUCUUGCUUUUUCCGCAACUCACUCUGUUGCAGACUUUCAACUUGAUUCGUCUCGACGUAGAUUGCGCGUCAGAGCUCUCCUUGUGAACGAAGUGAAGGUUAUUGGUCCGCCACUUCUACCGGACUGCCUGCGAUCGAGGUCUCAACAUUCAAAAUUGAGGGAAUUCUCAACAUUUGGUUUGCUUUGGCAAGAUCUGUCUGUGGUCAAGAUGCAGAGGAUGAAGACUGGGUGCAUCGAUUUGCCAUAA